AUGCAAGCUCUAAAUAAGAACACAACAAACUUUUCAAACUAUUCUAAGAUAUCUGAGUCAUUGAAAGAAGGAAACUUAAAACUGACAUUAAACCCAAUGACAGAUGAGUUUCUGUUUCAAGACAAUAAGAACCAUACUGUCUGUAUAAAUCCAACAAAAGGAACUUUAAACGAGAAACCUAUAAAUGAACUUCUUUUGAAAGCAGAUGUUGACAACAAAGCUGACAAAGAAUAUGUAGACGAUGCAAUAGCAAAAGAAGAAGAAAGAGCUAACAAUGCUUAUGCAACAAAAGAACAUACUCAUCCUGAACUAGCAGACAAAACAUAUGUUGACAAUAAAAUGUCAAGUGAAGUGACAAGAGCUGAAAACGAAUAUUCUAAAAAGACUCAUAUACAUACCAUUGCAAAUAUUACAAACUUACAAGAAACCUUAAACAGGAAAAGUGACAUUGGACAUACACAUACCAUUGCAAAUAUUACAAACUUACAAGAAACCUUAAACAGGAAAAGUGACAUUGGACAUACACAUACCAUUGCAAAUAUUACAAACUUACAAGAAACCUUAAACAGGAAAAGUGACGUUGGACAUACACAUACAUCUUCUGAAAUAACAGACUUAAACGUUAGCCUUGAAAAGAAAGCAGAUAAGAACCAUACACAUGAAUUCUUCACAACUGUUGGUAUAGAAAGUAUUGAAGGAACGGUUGAAGGAGCUGAUGGAACUGAUGGGGAUGCAUUAUAUUGGAAACCUCCUAACUUUCCACAAGGUUUAACAUCGGAGGAAAACAUAACGACGAUGAAAUACAUUAGAUGUAGAAAUGUUUAUGUCAUGGAGGAUGAAAAUAAUGUUAAAUUCACUGCUCAAGAUUUAUAUGAUAAGAAAGCUGACAAAACAGAGCUUCAAACAUUAAAGACAGAAAUACUUCAAACAUUAUAUCCUAUAGGUUCUAUUUAUACGUCAAUGAACUCUACCAGACCAGAAGUAGUACUUGGUUUUGGAACUUGGACUCAAAUAGUCGACAGGUUUUUGUAUUGUGCAAACUCUUCAAAGGAAACAGGUGGAAGUAAAACGAUUUCAGGUGCAAAUUUACCUGCGCACAGUCACUACAUAGAUUUAAGUACAUCUCAAGCAGGUUGGCAUAAGCAUAGAUAUUGGGAUUGGUCAGCAAUGACAAAAGGUAAAGGAUAUGAUGUUAAAAACAAC